UCAAGUAAAAACUGCUAAACAGUUAAUAUAGUUUGUCUUCUCAUCAGCAGUGAUUUAUGUUUUCGGAGAUGCAAUGCGCCAUGGAAGGCCUUUCCUGGUCAAAGAGCAGCGCAGUGCUUCUCAACUGGGAGACAUACUGCUUGUGGCCUCCAUCACCAAGACUCUCUCAAGCUCAGGCACUCGCAACCUCCCCGACCCUCACACCCUGUCACUCUCCGAGCCUCUUCUGCUUCAAAUCCUCCGCGCCCAAUCCCUCCACCCUUCCAAAAAACUCGACUUUUUCAAAUGGUGCUCUCUCACGCAUAACAUCAAACACUCGGCGCGCACCUACUCCCACAUCCUCCGCACCGCUUCCCGCGCCGGCUUCCUUCACGAGGUCCCGCAUUUGCUUCACUCCAUGAAAGAAGAUGGGGUUGUGGUUGAUUCCCAGACCUUCAAAGCCUUGCUCGACGCGUUUAUUCGUUCAGGUAAGUUUGACUAUGCGCUUGAAAUCUUGGACAUUAUGGAAGAGGUUGGUGCUAGCUUGAACACAGAUAUGUAUAACUCGGUUCUUGUUGCUCUGGUUAGGAAAAACCAGGUGGGUUUAGCGAUGUCCAUUUUGCUUAAGCUUCUGGAAGGAGGCUGCUCCUCCCAGGUACCCAAUUCCAUUGCCUCCAAUGAAUUGCUGGUUGCUCUUAGAAAAGCUGACAUGAGGGUUGAGUUUAAGCAAGUGUUUGAUAAGCUUAGAGAGAAUAAGGGGGUUGAGAUGGAUAAUUGGGGGUACAAUAUUUGUAUUCAUGCAUUUGGGUGUUGGGGUGAUCUGGGUACUAGUCUAAGCCUCUACAAGGAGAUGAAAGACUCUAACUUGGAAUCAGUGGGUCCAGAUUUGCCUACUUAUAAUAGCCUCAUUCAUGUGCUCUGCUUGGUUGGGAAGGUGAAUGAUGCACUUACUGUAUGGGAGGAAUUGAAAGGCUCUGGCCAUGAGCCUGACGCCAUCACCUAUCGAAUUCUUAUUCAAGGAUGUUGUAAAUCUUAUCGAAUAGAUGAAGCCACCAACAUUUUUAGUCAAAUGCAGCUCAAUGGAUAUAUCCCGGAUACCAUUGUUUAUAAUUCUCUCCUAGAUGGGUUAUUCAAGGCCAGGAAGGUUAAUGAUGGCUGCCACCUCUUUGAGAAAAUGGUUCAGAACGGGGUGAGAGUCUCAACGUGGACGUAUAAUAUUCUCGUUGAUGGUUUAUUUAAGAAUGGAAGAGCUGAGGCUGCUUACACCCUAUUUUGUGACUUAAAGAAGAAGGGUCAGUUUGUGGAUGGUGUUACAUACAGCAUUGUUGUGUUGCAACAUUGUAAGGAAGGUCUGCUUGAGAAAGCGUUAGGGUUGGUGGAAGAAAUGGAAAGGAGAGGCUUUGCUGUUGAUUUAGUUACCAUAUCAUCACUCUUGAUUGGGCUGUAUAAAGAAGGUAGGUGGGAUUGGACAGACAAACUCAUGAAGCAUAUUAGAGAAGGUAAUCUAGUGCCGAGUGUUCUUAAAUGGAAGGCCGAUAUGGAGGCUUCAAUGAAAACUCCGCAGAGCAGCAGAAAGGAUUACACACAAUUGUUCCCAAGUAAAGGUGACUUUAGCGAGAUUAUGAGCUUAAUAAACUCUGCUAACUCAACAAUGGAUGCAGACCUUGAUUCAGAGGAUGCCAGAGUUAAAGAUGAUGAUAAGAAUGUGUCCACUGAUACUGAUCAGUGGUCAUCAUCUCCAUAUAUGGAUCAAUUGGCUAAUCAGCUUAAGCCCAUUGACCACUCCUCUCAGCUGUUUUCAUUCUCUAGGGGGCAAAGAGUUCAGGACAAAGGGGAAGGCUCAUUUGAUAUUGAUAUGGUUAAUACAUUUUUGUCUUUAUUCUUGGCCAAGGGAAAGCUGAGCCUAGCUUGCAAAUUGUUUGAAAUUUUCAGUGAUCUGGGUGAAAACCCAGUGAGUUACACUUAUAAUUCCAUGAUGAGUUCGUUCGUCAAGAAGGGCUACUUCAAUGAGGCAUGGGGUGUACUUAAUGAAAUGGGAGAAAAGGUUUGCCCCACAGACAUAGCAACAUACAAUGUGAUAAUUCAAGGCCUGGGGAAGAUGGGAAGAGCUGAUUUAGCCAGUUGUGUUCUGGAUAAACUAAUGAAGCAGGGUGGGUAUCUUGAUGUGGUUAUGUACAACACCUUGAUUAAUGCUCUGGGGAAGGCUAGCCGGAUUGAUGAAGUAAACAAGCUCUUUGAGCAGAUGAAGAGUAGUGGAAUAAAUCCUGAUGUUGUCACUUUUAAUACACUAAUUGAAGUUCAUAGUAAAGCAGGCCGACUCAAAGAUGCAUAUAAAUUUUUGAAAAUGAUGCUGGAUGCAGGCUGCUCCCCCAACCAUGUUACAGACACUACUUUAGAUUUUCUGGGAAAGGAGAUUGAGAAAAUGAGAUAUCAGAAGGCAUCCAUGGUGCGUAAUAAGGAUGAUUUCCGUUGAAAAGAAUUUGUUCUAUUCAGUUCGAGUGUAGUCGAACAACGGAUGUAGCUUAUCAACUUUGGUCAUUUCUCUUAACUUUGUCAAGGUAGCUCUGCCUGAGCAAGUGGUAGAGAUUGUGGAUCCCGUUCUUGUUCUAGAAAAGUAGAAGUGGAGACGAGCUCAAACAAUUGUGUUAAGAAGGAUAGGGCGAGGAUUCGCAUCAUAAUUGAGGAAAGCUUGAGUUCAAUUCUAGAAAUUGGUGUCGCUUGCUCUGCAGAGUUGCGUGGAGAAAGGUUGGAUAUCAGUUAUGCCAUGGCUGAGAUGUCUGAGAUCAGAAA